UCAUUGACACAGGAAUGGGACAGAAAAAAAAAACAUCAUGGGGAGAAUGUCAAAUAUAUUUUUGUAAAAAGGCAUCGUUUCUACUCAAGAAAAGGAUGAUUCGUUUUGUCCGGGGUGGAAUAGCGGCAUCGAAAAGGUGCUCAUCUCGUCAUGCUUGCUGGACGGGCACUGCCUGCGUAGCACGUAGCUAAAUGGAGUCGGAGCAGCUCUUCAACAGGAAGGGCUACUACAGGAACAGCUACAACAGCAUUGCCAGUGCCAGCAGCGACGAGGAGCUACUGGAUGGCGCCGGAGUCGUCAUGGACUUCCACACCUCUGAGGACGACAACCUUCUGGACGGAGAUGCCACCUCCCCAGGAUCUAACUACGUCAUGUCUAACGGGGGCGGGGUGAUGAGUAGCACCACCCACCUGCUGGACUUCCUGGAGGAGCCCAUCCCGGGGGUCGGCACCUAUGAUGACUUCCACACCAUCGACUGGGUCCGGGAGAAGUGCAAGGACCGGGAACGCCACCGCAAGAUCAAUGCUAAGAAGAAGGAAUCAGCUUGGGAGUUUACCAAGAGCCUGUAUGAUGCCUGGUCUGGGUGGCUGGUGGUGACACUGACAGGGCUGGCCUCAGGUGCUCUGGCUGGUCUAAUCGACAUCGCUGCUGAUUGGCUGAAUGACAUCAAGGAGGGGGUGUGUCUGAAUGCCAUGUGGUUCAACCAUGAGCAGUGCUGCUGGGGCUCCAACGAGACCACGUUCGCUGAGCGGGACAAGUGUCCUCAGUGGAAGAGCUGGGCGGGGCUCAUCCUGGGCCAGGAAGAGGGCCCUGGUUCCUACAUCAUGAACUACUUCAUGUACAUCUACUGGGCUUUGUCCUUCGCCUUCCUGGCUGUGUUACUGGUCAAGGUGUUCGCCCCUUACGCCUGUGGCUCGGGUAUACCUGAGAUAAAGACCAUUCUGAGUGGGUUCAUCAUCCGGGGUUACCUGGGGAAGUGGACCCUGCUGAUCAAAACUGUGACCCUGGUGCUGGCUGUAGCGUCUGGGCUGAGCCUGGGGAAGGAGGGACCCUUGGUCCACGUGGCCUGCUGCUGCGGAAACAUUUUCUCGUACCUCUUCCCCAAGUACAGCAAGAACGAGGCCAAGAAGCGAGAGGUCCUAUCUGCAGCGUCAGCGGCCGGGGUGUCCGUGGCUUUCGGUGCUCCCAUAGGAGGAGUACUCUUCAGCUUGGAGGAGGUGAGCUACUACUUCCCUCUGAAGACCCUGUGGCGCUCCUUCUUCGCUGCAUUGGUGGCAGCCUUCGUCCUCCGCUCCAUCAACCCGUUUGGCAACAGCCGUCUGGUCCUAUUCUACGUGGAGUACCACACCCCCUGGUACCUGUUUGAGCUUAUCCCCUUCAUCCUGCUGGGGGUGUUUGGAGGCCUCUGGGGAGCCUUCUUCAUCAAGGCCAACAUCGCCUGGUGCCGAAGGAGGAAGUCCACCCGCUUCGGGAAGUACCCCAUCCUGGAGGUGAUCUUCGUGGCGGCCAUUACCGCGGUCGUGGCGUUCCCCAACCCGUACACGCGGCAGAACACCAGCGAGCUGAUUAAAGAGUUGUUUACCGACUGCGGACCCUUGGAGUCGUCCCAGCUGUGCCAGUACAGGAGUCAGAUGAACGGGAGCAAGGCGUUUGUGGACGCGUCUCCCAACAAGCCGGCUGGACCCGGGGUGUACGCAGCCAUUUGGCAGCUGUGCCUGGCGCUCAUCUUCAAGAUCAUCAUGACCAUCUUCACCUUCGGACUUAAGGUUCCUGCUGGCCUGUUCAUCCCCAGCAUGGCCAUCGGGGCGAUUGCCGGGCGUAUCGUUGGCAUCGCCGUGGAGCAGCUGGCGUACUACCACCACGACUGGUUAGUGUUCAGGGAGUGGUGCGAGGUAGGCACCGACUGCAUCACCCCGGGACUCUAUGCCAUGGUGGGGGCCGCCGCAUGUCUGGGUGGUGUAACGCGGAUGACCGUGUCUCUCGUGGUCAUCGUGUUUGAGCUGACGGGCGGCCUGGAGUACAUCGUGCCCCUCAUGGCCGCCGUCAUGACCAGCAAGUGGGUGGGCGACGCCUUCGGGCGCGAGGGCAUCUACGAGUCACACAUCCGCCUGAACGGGUACCCCUUCCUCGACGCCAAGGAGGAGUUCACACACACCACGCUGGCGCGGGAGGUGAUGCGGCCGCGGCGUAGUGAUCCGCCGUUAGCGGUGCUGACGCAGGACGACCUGACAGUGGAGGAACUACAGGGGAUCAUCAACGAGACCAGCUACAAUGGAUUCCCUGUCAUCGUCUCCAAGGAAUCCCAGAGACUGGUUGGCUUCGCUCUGCGCAGGGACAUCACCAUCGCUAUAGAGCUCUGCUACCCGACCCAAGCCCGACAGGCCCCUACAUUAUGCAUCGGGUCAGCCCAAGCAGAGCCGUUGCUAUGGAUACUCCCAGAGCACAUGCAGAGCGAGCGGCGGGCAGGAAAGAACGCACGGCGGAAGCAGGAGGGUAUCCUGCUGACUUCGCGGGUCUACUUCACGCAGCACGCCCCUACGCUGCCCGCCGACAGCCCGCGGCCCCUCAAGCUGCGCUCCAUCCUGGACAUGAGCCCCUUCACCGUGACCGACCACACGCCCAUGGAGAUCGUGGUGGACAUCUUCCGCAAGCUGGGCCUCCGCCAGUGUCUGGUGACACACAACGGGAUUGUAUUGGGCAUCAUCACUAAGAAGAAUAUAUUAGCGCAUCUGGAGGAGCUCAAGGAACACACGGAGCCCCUGGCGUCUCCUUGGUAUUAUCACAAAAAAAGAUAUCCUUCGUCAUAUGGCCCAGAUGGCCAACCAAGACCCCGACAACAUAAUGUUCAACUAGUCACCGCCUUCCCGGGUCGUCAAGCUGACGAGGAGGAAAGCGAGGAGGAGGUGGUAAACCUACUGGACGGCCGCGGCUCCACCCUAUGACGCACAGCCCAACCCCCCCCCACCCCUGGGACACACCACCCCAAAUCCACCUCAAUACUAAACCAGAGCCCUCUAGAGGCCACAGGAAGGAAGAGACGAACAGACUCUAAAAGGACUUUAAAAAUGGCUGCUGUGAGGGACGUUUUGGCCCCUAGGUAGCAGCUACUACAGGCUGGGGCAUAUAUACACAAGGAAUGCAAUAUAAACACACACCUCCAUUUACAUGCAGAAACAUACAUACAUACAUACAUACAUACAUACAUACAUACAUACAUACAUACAUACAUACAUACAUACAUGAGAUCAGACUCACUCAUACACAGAUGCCACACAAGCAUGCCACUAGCCGAAUGGCACCUCCUUCAAACACACUCUUCAUGCUCCUUCGUCCUUGUCCUGUUUCUAUUGGUUCACGCUGGCGGACAUUGCUGUGAGCCUGAAGCCUGGCUACCGAGGUAAGAGGUCAGAAUGAUCCGCUAGGACGCGAGGAGCGACCUUCAGACACCUCGACUGCUGAUUGGCUGUCAGCCCUGCCAGGCUCCACCCCCACUGUGUCCCUCCCUCCCCACACCCCGUCCGUCCUCGAAAGCAUUGUUUACCUGUGAACUCUCUUUGAGCGAGAGAAUGCAUGUGUGCGUUUCACCUCCACGUUCCAAUCAGGUUGUCAUAGUAACCCGAAACUACAAACUCCCACCCUCCCCCCUAAAGGCAUCUUCCUGAUAUUAGACUGGGCGUUGCUCCAAGGUGUACGCGUGGGUGAGAGAGAGUGAGUGAGUGUGUGUGUGUGUGUGUGUGUGUGUGUGUGUGUGUGUGUGUGUGUGAGAGAGAGGAAGGAAGAUCAAGGGUACAAGCAGGAUGUACUGGAGUAGUUAGUUAAUGUCUGAGUGUUGUAGUUCAAGAACAAAAUGUCUCUUUCUGAUGUAUGUGAAAACAUUCUGUACAGAAGAGUCCGAUACUCAUCGGUUACAUACCCCCUGUUGAAGGGUGAAAAACUGUGUGUGUGUGUGUGUGUGUGUGUGUGUGUGUGUGUGUGUGUGUGUGUGUGUGUGUGCGCGUGCAAUUACCUUUUGAUCUGAGCCAGGUAGGCAAUAUGCCAUAGAGGUGUGUGCACGCGCAUAAGUAUCAGAUGAGAAAAGACUUGUCCGUUUCUCCGACAGUGAAGGUGGGCAGUGUGUAUAUCAAAAUAAAUAGGAACACUAACUCAAGGUGAAGUUCUGUUACUGGAGGAGAAGAAAAAAAAAAUCCCUUUUUCUUUUCAAACUAUUACUAAUGCAACUACUUUUAGAGUAUUGAUAUAUACAUAAUCAAGUAACUUUUUACGGCUUGUAAUGAAAAAGUCAAGACUGGAAAACCACUUUUUUUUUCAAGUGAACAAAAUAAAUGGAUGAUUAUGAGGAUGUUGAUGGUAAUACUGCACAGUAACCAUGUCUUAGAUCUUUUACUUUGCUUUAAUUAAGCUGCCUCAUGCUGUGAGAAAUGUGUCUUGUAUUUUCCACUGGAGCUGAAUCUUUUCUUGCAUCUCUCCUCCUCUGCCUCGUCGUCAAGUACAACAAUUCAACAUGAAAUCUUCUUCGUAUUUGUAGAUUUAAAAUCAUGAAUUGAAAGGACUGAAAUAGGAGGUGCAUUUCACAACACGUUUUUUGGGAGGUGUGCCAGUAACUCCUUUUAAACUUCAAUAAAGUCUCUUGUAUAUUUUUGACUUGGGGAUAUGUAGAAGCACACAGUACACAAAAGGAAAUAGUUUUGAACCCUCCAUGUGUCAACCUGGACUCAUGAAAAAAAUAAUAGAGGAUCGUAUAUCUGGUUCACCCUUUAAUGUGUGGUUCACCACAGGAAGCAGUGACAUCGAUGCGUGCGCCAGUCAAAGGAGUUCUCUCUCUCUCUGGCUUUGUUUCAAUGACAAGGUGCAUAGAGUAGCACCUUAGCUGCUGAGUGAAGGCUAUGGGUUGUGUCCCAAAUGGCACCCUUCCUCUAUAUAGUGCACUUUUUAGGGAAAAGGGUGCCAUUUGAGGCACACAUUAAAGCGUGUGGAGGCAGGUGGUGACUUCAUGUUUCUCUCUAUUACAUUGAUAGUUUUAGGUCAUAUUCAUUGGGCACCAAACAUAAUAAAACAAACAGGGAGGGACUUGUCCAAUAAGAAACGGAUAUUUUCCAUUGCCAAAUGUUUUUCAAACGUUUUCCAUUGCGUGCCCUAAUGCAGGGUUUCCUGGGUCCACAUUUAGUUUUUUUGCCCUAGCACUACACAGCUGUCUCAAAUAACCAACUCAUCAAGCUUUGAUUAUUUUUAAUCACCUGUGUAGAGCGAGGGCAAAAACUAAAUGUGCACCCAGGGUGGGCCUCCGGACCGAGUUUGGGAAACAUUGCCCUGAUGGAUUCAACCCUGCUGUUGGUUGACGAGCGCAUCGUCCUUGUUAACCCAUGUGGUGUCACCAAACACUGUUCUUUUCAUAACUUCAGACUGACUUUUAUUUAUGGUAGAUAGUUGUACAUUAAUUGUAUGAUUACAUUGAUGGUUUGAUUGUACAUUUAAAACAAUGUGUAAAAGUUAAUUGUUUUAAAUUAAAAUUAGAAAAUUGCAAAA